AUGAAUAUGUCUCACCUAAAGAACAGAGCUGAGAGCCACUUUAAAGUAUCAGAGGUACAUGAACUGGAGACAGUGGGGAAGAAAGCUUGGGACAAUCCUGUUUACAAUGGCUCUCCCUCUACCUCCUUGAAAAUUCAAACCAUCUACAACCCCAAACCUGUCCUGGAGAGUCCCUACGAGAAUUUUGAAGAGGUUGGGGAUGCGCUGCCCUACCAGGAAGAACAGAGCAAAGCUGUGAAUGGGAGGACAAGUCCUUUCCUCAAGUGCUGCUUCUACAUCUUCCGAGGCAUCCGAGGUCUGUGGGGCACUACGCUGAUUGAGAACACAGCUGAAAACAGGGAGCUGUAUGUGAAGACCACCCUGCGAGAACUGCUGGUCUAUGUUAUGUUCUUGGUGGACAUCUGUCUCUUGACAUAUGGAAUGACAAGUUCCAAUGCCUAUUACUACACCAAAGUGAUGUCUGAGCUCUUCCUGCAGACCUCUACAGAUGGCCGUGUCUCCUUCCAGUCCAUCAGCAGCAUGGCUGACUUCUGGGUGUAUGCACAAGGGCCCUUGCUGGACAACCUGUACUGGACCAAGUGGUACAACAACGAGUCCCUGGCGCCGCACAGCACGCAGUCAUACAUCUAUUACGAGAACCUGCUGCUAGGUGUCCCACGCAUGAGGCAGCUGAAGGUGAAGAACAACUCCUGUGUGGUCCACGAUGACUUCAAGGAGGAAAUCUCUGGCUGCUAUGAUGUAUACUCUGAAGACAAGGAGGAAAGGGUUUCCUUUGGGCUCAUCAAUGGAACGGCGUGGAGGUACCAUUCUGAGGAGGAGCUGGGUGGUUCAUCUCACUGGGGAAGACUAACCAGUUACAGUGGGGGAGGAUACUACAUAGACCUCAAGAUGACCAGAGAAGAGAGUGCUGAAGCCCUGCAGGUCUUGAAGGAGAAACUGUGGCUGGAUCGGGGAACACGAGUUGUCUUUAUUGAUUUCUCUGUGUAUAAUGCAAAUAUCAAUCUGUUCUGUGUUCUGAGGUUAGUGGUUGAGUUUCCAGCCACUGGUGGUGCCAUUCCCUCCUGGCAAAUCCGGACAGUGAAGCUUAUACGAUAUGUCAGCACAUGGGACUUCUUCAUUGUUGCCUGUGAAAUUGUAUUCUGUGUCUUCAUCUUCUACUAUGUGGUGGAAGAGGCUUUGGAGCUCCGUAUCCACAAGUUUAAGUACUUCACCAGCAUCUGGAACAUUCUGGAUGUGGUUGUCAUUCUGCUCUCCAUUGUUGCCAUUGGGUUUCACAUCUUUCGCACCACAGAGGUGAACAGGCUGCUGGGAGAGCUGCUGGAGCACCCCAACACCUACGCAGACUUUGAAUUCCUGGCAUUCUGGCAGACCCAGUACAACAAUAUGAAUGCAGUCAACUUAUUUUUUGCCUGGAUCAAGAUAUUCAAGUACAUUAGCUUUAACAAAACAAUGACCCAGCUCUCCUCCACACUGGCACGUUGUGCCAAGGACAUCCUGGGCUUUGCCAUCAUGUUCUUCAUUGUCUUCUUUGCCUACGCCCAGCUGGGUUACCUUCUUUUUGGGACACAAGUGGAAAACUUCAGUACCUUUGUUAAAUGCAUUUUCACCCAGUUUCGGAUCAUUCUUGGUGAUUUUGACUACAAUUCCAUUGACAAUGCCAACAGGGUGCUUGGGCCUCUUUACUUUGUCACCUAUGUGUUCUUUGUUUUCUUUGUGCUUCUGAACAUGUUCCUGGCCAUCAUCAAUGACACCUACUCAGAAGUCAAGGAGGAGCUUUCGAGCCAGAAGGAUGAGCUGCAGCUCUCUGACAUCUUGAAGCAGAGCUACAACCGGACACUCACGAGGCUGAAGCUGAAGAAAGAGCAGAUUUCUGAGGUGCAGAAAGCCCUGCAGAAUGGAACAACACAACUGGACUUUGAAGACUUCAAGAACAGCUUGAAGCAACUGGGCCAUGCAGACCAUGAGAUCACAGCAGCUUUCUCCAGAUUUGACAAAGAUGGCAACCACAUCCUUGAUGAAGAGGAGCAACAGCAGAUGAAGCAUGACCUAGAGGCAAAAAGGGUUGCUCUGAACACAGAGAUUGAAAAUUUGGGGAAAUCCUACGCUGACAACAACCUGGAUGAGAAUCUGACCUACAUGGAAGCAAGGAAUAACCACAGCAAUAAGGCCACCUGGGUCUCCAAAGAAGAGUUCCAAGUCCUCCUGCACCGUGUGCUGCAGCUGGAACAGUCCAUAAACAGCAUUGGCUACAAGAUUGAUGCAGUGGUGAACAAGCUUGAUGUGCCAGAAAGAAAAGAGAUGAAGAAGAGGGAUCUGUUGGGCAAACCACUGGGUGAUGUUAGCAAGGAGGAAGAAGCCAGUCAGGAAGAGCUGCACCCCCAGAGCCUAGACCAGCUGGGAAAAGAAGGAGAAAGUUGGGGGAUGGAACACAUACAGAGAAACAACAUGAGUGGCAACUCUUCCCAGAAUGGGGUCUAUCACCUCUUGCCCAAGUCAAGUGUACUGGGGUCUCAGGUGCCCAAGAACUUCUAG